CGCACACACACACACUCACACACUCCAGGGCUGACAGCUAUUUCCUCUCUCAGUCUCACUCCCCUACCUCCGCCUGAUGCAGCGUCUUGUCUAGUCCCUGCCAGGAGCAACCUGCCUCAAGGGCUGGAAUCCUGUGACCCUUCUGUGCCCAGUAUCAGAAGAGGGGCUGACUCCAGAGCUCACAGUCAACACACCCAGCCAGCCAGCCCUGUGGGAGCGAAGGGCCGUGCCGAGGAUCUGGAUCCGCAGAGAGCCCAGGUCACAAUCAGAGACUUUCACUCCAGGCCUCUCCUAAGGUUCCUGCUGCACUGCUGUCCUCGGGGUUCCUUCCCUCCAAUGCAGAGCCCUGUCAUAAUGGCCAACGCCACACUGAAGCCACCCUCCCCCAUCCUGGAGCAGAUGAGCCGUCUCCAAAGUCACAGCAACUCCAGCAUCCGCUACAUCGACCACGCCUCUGUGCUGCUGCAUGGGCUGGCCUCGCUGCUGGGCCUGGUGGAGAAUGGCCUCAUCCUCUUCGUGGUGGGCUGCCGGAUGCGCCAGAGCGUGGUCACCACCUGGGUGCUGCACCUGGCACUGUCGGACUUGUUGGCCACUGCCUCCCUGCCCUUCUUCACCUACUUCCUGGCCGUGGGCCACUCGUGGGAGCUGGGCACCACCUUCUGCAAACUGCAUUCGUCCAUCUUCUUCCUCAACAUGUUCGCCAGCGGCUUCCUGCUCAGCGCCAUCAGCCUGGACCGCUGCCUGCAGGUGGUGCGGCCAGUGUGGUCGCAGAAUCACCGCACGGUGGCUGCGGCCCACAAGGUCUGCCUGGUGCUCUGGGCCCUGGCGGUGCUCAACACCGUGCCCUACUUCGUGUUCCGAGACACCAUUCCGCGGGUGGACGGCCGCAUCAUGUGCUACUACAACGUGCUGCUCCUGAACCCCGGGCCUGACCGCGACGCCACGUGCAACUUGCGCCAGACUGCCCUGGCGGUCAGCAAGUUCCUGCUGGCCUUCGUGGUGCCCCUGGCGAUCAUCGCGUCGAGUCACGCGGCCGUGAGCGUGCAGCUGCGCCACCGCGGCCGCCGCCGGCCCACCGCCCCCAGCCGCUUCGUGCGCUUGGUGGCGGCGGUGGUGGCGGCCUUCGUGCUCUGCUGGGGGCCCUACCACGUCUUCAGCCUGCUGGAGGCGCGGGCGCACGCUGGCGGCGCUCGGCCCCUGACGUGGCGCGGGCUGCCCUUCGUCACCAGCCUGGCCUUCAUCAACAGCGUGGUCAACCCGCUGCUCUACGUGUUCACCUGCCCCGACGUGCUGCGCAAGCUGCGGCGCUCGCUGCGCACCGUGCUGGAGAGCGUGCUGGUGGACGACAGCGAGCUGGGCGGCGGGGGCAGCAGCCGCCGCCGCCGCCGCGCCUCCUCCACCGCCACCUCGGCCUCCUCCUUGUCGCUGGGCAACCGCUUCCAGUCCCCGCUCCGCCCCGCGGGCCUCCUCAGCUGGCUGCGGGGCGACCAUGCAGCGUCCCCGAAGAGGGACCGAGCGCGAUCCCAGGAUGAGAGGGGCCCCCUGAACCGGGCGAGCACCACUUCCGAUUAAGAUGAGAAGGCGCGGGCCGGGACGCCAGCUGGGACCUUUCCCGCUCACGGAAGGCAGAGGUGGGGCAAACAUCCAGUUCCAACGCGUCAGGAGGGCACUGUACUGAAAAUGGAGAUAUUCGGACUCCAGCCUGAGAUCCUAGCCCGGAGAGAAAGCAUCUUCCGUGCAGACCUAGAAUCUGUAUUUGAAAACAUCAUGGGCGACUCUCGUUCCCCCCCCCAAACAGAGUGAGUUAAAGUCGCCUUCUGAUUUUGACGUGCCUGUGACCUUGUUAAGGUGCGGUCUGACACCAGGGUGGGUGCUGAGGUUUUCUGCAUUUCUAAGGAGCGCCCAGGUGGCUGAAAGGGCUGCUUGUCUGCAGGUCAUACUUGGAGACAAACUUAAACUGUUAAAAGACCUCUCGGACUAGCUGGGGGCAGCUCCCUGGAGCAAAAUGUUACCAGAUGAUGGUGAGGGUGUGUGUGUGGGUGUGUGUGUGUGUAUCUUAACCUUAAACCAGUGACAUUUUUGAAGUAGAAAAGUUACAGACUUGAGAGGUUCCAGUCUAACCUCCCCACCUGUCAUUUAGCCAGCAUUUCCUUUUUUUUUUAUUUUGAGUUUUUUGCUAUAGGGCGCGUGUGCUCACCAGACAGAGACAGAAAGCGAGA